AUGUCUUCACCGAACGCCACACGCCUGCGGGCGAGCGUACGAAGAAUAGCCACGGACCUUGCAUGGUUUGGCUUCAAGCUCGGCUUCGGCCUCGUGAGUCUGGCUACGGUGUGGGCGACAGCUGUACUCAAAAACGGAGCAUUGUGGGCGGACGACACGAGUGAAGAGAGGAAGGAACUAGCCGCUGCUCAGGAGAAGUACUGGAGUCUUGAUCACGGACCAUUUAUGGGAUUUCGACACGCGUUCUUCACGACGAGUACUGGAGCACGACUUCACUACGUUGUGAACGCAGAUGUUAAGAGCGCGGAUCCGAAGAAUGUAGGGAUAUUCAUACAUGGCUUUCCCGAUUCCUUCCUCCUGUGGCGCCAUAUCCUCCAAUCCCCAGAACUGAGACACAAUCACAUCCUCAUCGCGGUCGAUCUGCCAGGCUAUGGUGGCUCUGAUGGCCUGCCCCACUACGGGCCGUACGACAUGCUCGAGCCACUGGCCGAGUUCAUACUUGAUAUGAGGAUGCAGUAUCUUAAGGCAGACAGGAAGGUCGUUGUAACGACACAUGACUGGGGCGCGCUCGUUGGAGCCAGGUUGGCGUCUGAAGCAGCCCAGUUGGCAGAUCAUUGGAUCAUCAUGAGCGGCAUAAUCCCGCAUCUAACCACAUCGAAUGCGAUCUCCCAGAUGACCCUGGCUAAGCAGAUGUUACGUACAUGGAUUCAUACACCAACGAACUUCCGCCUUCUCAAGACAGCACUUACAACCUUGGACCCAGUUCGUUCCCAAUUCAGACGCUCGUUUUACGUAUUCUGCUUCCAUCUUCCCUGGCCAUUCAGCAGCUUCUUCGCAACAUUUGGCAACUACUGGUUUUUGCGCACGUUGCACAGUCUCGGUAAAGGCAAAGCACGCAAAGAUGAAAAGCUCAUCGGCCGUCUGGAUCCAAAGGAAGCAGGAGAAGCCAUGGCCAUGUCCACAGGUCCAGGAAAACUCCAGAUGAGUGAUUCGCACGUGACUAGGUAUGGUGAAUCGGUACGGAAGCGUAUGAGCGAUCGCGGCAUGUCUCAAAAAGUCGGCAUUUAUCGCGACGGAUUGUUCAUCGGAAAAUGGGAGAAGUCUCUGCAAACUACCGCUGCACUGUUCGAAAUUGCGUCCGCUGCUGGAUCAACGCCCCACUCCUCCGUUUCUUCCGAUCCACUGAUGGGCGGUGCACCUGAGGGCUCUCUCAAGGCACCAACGACGUUCAUGCUGGGUGACCAUGAUCCGGCAUUUGACCAACGACUAGCGCUCAGCAAUGCGAAGGACUUUCUUGUUGGCGGCAGUCAGGUGCUGUUGGUGAAGGACGCAGGCCACUGGUUGCCUCUCGAGUCGGGCGGCCGACGUGUGGUGGAGAAGACCGUUUCGUGGGCAUUGAGCGGGGAGACGAAGACCACGCCAUUCGCUGCGAUGAGUGACGUCAAGGUCGUUGUGGAGACGUGA